UUCGCGGCUUUGCCCGAAGAUGGCGAUGCUGGCAGAACCACGUCGCAGGCAAAAAUGGUCUGUGGAUCCCCGGAACAGCGCUUGGAGUAAAGAUGAAUCAAAAUUUGGCCAGAAGAUGUUGGAAAAAAUGGGGUGGUCGAAAGGCAAGGGGCUCGGGGCGCAGGAGCAAGGCAGCACGGAGCAUAUCAAGGUGCGAGUGAAGAACAACACCCUGGGCUUGGGAGCAUCCAUCAGCCACGAGGACAACUGGAUUGCCCAUCAGGAUGACUUCAACCAGCUUCUGGCAGACCUGAACGACUGCCAUGGACAGGACGGCCCAGAGGCGACAACUACAGAGGAAAAGAAAUUUAGCCUUGAGGAGAAAUCCAAGACUUCCAGGAAAAGGGUUCACUAUGUGAAAUUUGCCAAAGGCAAAGAUCUCUCUUCCCGAAGCGAGGAUGACCUGUCCUGCAUCUUUGGGAAACGCCCAGUCAAGAAAGCACAGGUCGCUGCUGCUGCUGCUGGCACAGAUUCUUCAGAGGAAGGCCCCAGAGAGGAGAGCGAUCCUCCAGAUUCCGUGAACCUGAGCAACACCGUGACCAGCACCCUCUCCGUGCAGGAGUAUUUUGCCAGGCGCAUGGCAAAACUGAAGAAAGCCCAGCUCGGGCUCAGCGGCACAUCAGCAGACUCGCCUCCGACGAAGGCGGAAAGUCCAGAGCGCUCGGGGCCCCAGUCCAAGAAGAAGAAGCGCAGACUUGAGAGGGAGGGUGGCAUCCCAGGGAGCAGAGACGAGGCCUCAGGCAGAGAAGAUGCGGAUGAGCCCGACGCACCGAAGAAGGGGAGGAGGAGGAGAAAGGCUGAGCAGCCAGGCGAUGGAGGGCCACCUCUUUGCAACGGCUCUCCAGAUGGCACUCAAGAGAACAGAUCCUGCUUCCCUGGAACAGCCGAGGAGGGAAAGGGCGACCCAGAGGAGCCGAGGCCAAAGAAGAAGAACAAGAGGAAGCACAAGAACGUGGACUGGGAUGCGGCUGAGGAGCUCAAAAGCACGAAGCCAAAGAAGCAGAAGCUCUCCAGUUAAUGCGAGGUCCGGGACUGUCCGUUUGAACCGUGGACCUUUUGCUGUGUUAGGCGGGUGCCCUCAUGUCCCCAGAUUCAGCCAAGCCAUUGUCCGAAAGACCCUCAGGCCUUUUUGCUGUACCUUCCCCGCCCUGGAAGGGGGGGGCUCUUUGCCGCCCGAAGAGGGGGCAGUUGGGGUGGGGGCGAUCCUGCCCACCGCAUCUUGCUCUGUGCUGUGCUCGAUGGAUCGCUUCAGCAUCGAAGCCGCCGCUCGCUUGGGCCCUUUGUGGCGGAGCAGGCUGUCCGUCCGUGCCGGAGGAGAACAUGCGCCCACGUGUGCUUGGAAGAGCGGCGGGCAAGAUGCGUGGGGGCCUCCUCGGCGGCUGGCGUGGCAAACGCCGACUGCAGGCUUGCCCCCCGGGGGCCCCCACCUCCUCCCUGGAGGGCCUACGCACCCUUGGCGCAGGCAAGCGGGGCCCUCUGAGCAGCAUUGCAGUGGCUGGUUCUAGAGGGCUUUUAAACUUCCCAGCAUGCUUUGGAAGGGGGGCCACAGAUGGCAUCAGCCGUGCAAGGGCAUCGGAUGUUUAUGCCAACCCUGGGAUGCGCCUAGAGCAGCCUUCUCCAACGUGGUGCCCUCCAGAUGCACUGGGCUCCCAUUCUCAGCAUCCCCCAGCUGGUUCAGCAUGCUGGGAUUUGUAGUCGGGUGCAUCUACAGGACACUAGGUUGUGAAAGGCCAACUCUUAGGUCUAAACACCACCAGCUCAAGACCACAUUGGAUGCCGGCGUGUUUCAUUCCAGCGACUCUCAGUCUUCCGGCAGCCCUUUUUGCUUAUUAUGAAACACGUGGAUUUUUAGUAUCCUCUUGAGCUGGCAUAAAUGCUUGUGGUGAUGCUAACAGUCCACACACUAGCUUGUGGGGGGGGGGGGAGCCAGCCUGGACAAAGCCCCCCAGGCCUUGUGAGGGCCUCAGUAGCCCCAAAUAAAUAGCACAGCAAGGAUGGGGUGCGGGGGGAGCAGAAGGGGUCGUGUGCCUGCCAGUUUGUGGUUUGCAGUCUCCGCAUUCCUUGGACUUUGUGGCCACUCUUCAAAAGAAGAUGGCGGCACAGAGGGUAGGUCCGCCAUUGCUCUUGGCGAAAUGGUGGAUCGCUGCCCGUUAACACAUGAAUCAAAAGACGCCCUUCAACUUCACCGGUUUGCGAGCGGCUGUUCCUGGGCCUACGUGGCUUUCAUUCCCCCUUCCAGCCUUUUGAAGAAUGAAAUAAAACUUGGGAACAGAAGUCUUACUAAAUGGAA